GACAUGGGAGAAAUUCCAAGUCACCUGUGACAUCAAGAUCAGGAUCAAGAUCAGCUCCUUCUAGGCUGACACCCCUGCCACGCCUCCCUGCCACACCCCCUGCCGCGCCCCCUGCCACACCAUGAACCUGCGGUGCCUGCCUCGCCUGCUGCACCUGUCUCACAAAAAUGGACCUCAGGUGGUCAGAAAAAUGUUUGCUGAGGGCUGCCUGCCAGAUUUGCCCUUAGCAGCAGCAGCAGCAGCAAGAGUCAGAUCCCUGCACAUAGACAGAGCUGAGGACACACCUACAAAGACAGUCAGAGAUAUAAUAUGCAGUCUUACAAGCAAGGUCGGGGCAGCUCACAGCUUUUCCGAGGCUGUGGACCGCAGUCAUCUCCUCAAGCUGCUGCCACAGUCCCAGGAGGAGCUUCCGCCACGGACCAUGAAGGACAGCUGGGAUGCUGCCAUCAUCCCGCUUGGCUCCGAGAAGAGGCUGCGGGAGAAGUACGUCACCUUCAUGGGAGGCGUGAGGGUGGGGCGCCUGCUGGAGGACCUUGACGUGUUUGCAGUCUGGCUGUGCUACAAACACCUCAAGAACCCUCGUCAAACCCCAGACUUGCCCAGCCCAUACAGCGUUGUCACGGCUCUGGUGGACCGCAUUGACUUCAACCAAGGAUGGUCCCUGCACCCAGAAAGGGACAUCCGCAUCUCCGGGCACGUGUCCUGGGCUGGCCGCUCCUCCAUGGAGACCAUCAUCACCGUGGAGCAGCGAGUGGACCACACAUGGCGGCAGGUGACCCGAGCAGUGUUUGUGAUGGUUGCCCGGGACCCGCUCAACCAAGGGUCAGCAAUAGUCAAUCCACUAGUAUGUGAAACCCCGGAGGAACAGAAGAUCUUUCAAGCUGGUGAGGUAAACAAGCUGCACCGCAAGGUCCUCCAGGAGGAGAGCCUGUUCCGAGUCCCCCCCAAUGAGACAGAAAAGACACUUGUUCAUGAGCUCUUCAUGUCGCUAGCCAACCCCAAAGAGCUGUCCUUCACCUCCAAGAAUGUACCAGAGAAUUCAAUGUGGAUGGAACAAACCAAGCUGAAGAACCUAAUCAUUUGCCACCCUGAGCACAGAAACCGGUUCAAGAAGGUGUUUGGAGGAUUUAUCAUGCGGCAGGCGUAUGAGCUAGGCUGGGCAUGUGCCUUUACUAUUAGUAAACAGCGUCCAAGAUGCCUACACAUUGACGACAUCAUGUUCCGCAGGCCUGUGGAGGUUGGAUCCCUGCUCUACCUCAACUCACAGGUGGUGUACACAGAAGGAUGUCACAUGCAAAUCAGCACAAAGGCAAGUGUGAUGGAUGCAGCAACGUCGUCCAAAAACCUCACCAACAUCUUCCACUUCACCUACGAGACAGACCAGCCCGUCCCCACCUCCAUCCCCAAAACCUAUCAUGAGGCCAUGCUGUACCUGGAUGGCCGGCGUCACUACCAGCUGGUGAGGGGCGUGCGCAAGUUCUAUGGCCAAGGAGAAACCAAAUCAGACACUUCAUUGUAGUCAUUAGAGAAACUGCAAUAACACACUGAAAAUAUCCGUAAUGUCAUUGGUAAGUCAUUGGUGAGAAUCUGAAAUAACUCUUUCAGUGUUGCUCUUGUCAGUGUUGUUAUUUGUAGACUUUUGUUGAUUGUUAUUUUUUAACACUGAUCGCGUCUCAAGAAGUCUUAGUUUUCAGUUCAGCGUGUGUAGGUCAGCUCAUGCAGGCAGAAAGUUGAGUUCAUUCAUAAUUAACCCGGUAGCAGCGGGGAUCAUGUUUCUUAAUGGUCCCUCCAAGCGAGAAAAAUGAGAAAAAAUCACCCCGCACACAAACGAUUUCAUAAUAUGUAUUAAAGCAUUUCUGAUCAGAUUAUGUAUCAUCUAUUUCGGGGGGUAAAUAUCAUGGCACAAAUUUGGCCCAUCGCUGCUACACAGUGAAGCCACAAAUUUGGCCUGUUGCUGCUACCGGGUUAAGAAAGUGUCUCUACAUGUUUGGUAUGAAUAAAAGUUAAUAAUUAACAGCAGAAAAUAAACAGAAAAGAAAACAUGGUAAGUUAGCAGUUUCUCGUCAGUCUAGCCAAGCUGCAUGGGAUUCAUUGUCCAGUCCCAAGAUUAUUUUUGGUUCCUUUUCAUUGGGUAAACUCAUGGAUUGUUGUUUUUGUUUGCAUUAUGUCGUACAAUUACUGAAAAGUGUUGUACGCUAAACAUGCGAGGGCACUAGCUAUGUGUGUCAAGAAGGUAACAUAAUUUGAGAUAAAAAGAUAAUUAGGUAUAGAUAAGAGAAGCUUCAAACUUCAUGAGGCAUAAUAGCAUCCUUACUCUCUAGAUACUCCAGGUUGAGGGUUCACCAUAAAAAAGGAAAGUCAGUGUCUGAAGUCUGUGUCAGACUGUCCACUGGAGUGAUCUGUAGGUCAAGAAGGGCUACACUGUCAGGCUUGAAUAUGAUGUAACACUUUUGAAAGGCCCUUAUCAUAAAUACUAUUGAUAUCAGUGGAGGGAUAAAAACCUGGAAAAUAGUGAUCACUUUUUAUACAAAGUUACCUGCAACGACUGUGAUAGGUUAAGUAGUCCUCAAGGUGCUGUGUCUGUGCUAUUUGGUAUCUCCUUGUUAAUGUUCACCCAAUGCCCUGUCUGUAAUGUCAUUAAAUUAUUGACAAAG